ACCACGAAGUUUCCCGCCCCCCCCCCCCCGAGUUUCACUCCGUCUACGAAGAAGAAAACCGAUCCUCGGCGACGGCGAUUAUUGACCCCUGUCGAUAUGACGUCACUGACGAUGAUCGCCCGGGUAACGGACGGACUUCCGCUCGCGGCGUCCGUACAGGAGGACGAGAAGUCCGGCAGAGACCUCCAGCAUUACCAGAGCCAAGCCAAGCAGCUAUGCCGUAAACUGAACGCUCAAAGUCCGGACCGCUGCACGCUGGAGGCCGGGGACAUGAGCUUCCACUACCUAAUAGCACAGGAUGUGUGUUACCUGUUCCUCUGCGAGGCUUCAUUUGCCAAGAAGCUGGCCUUUGCGUACCUCGAUGACCUCCGCGGGGAAUUCAAUGACCGCUACGGGAGGAGAGUGGCCGCGGUGACACGGCCCUACUCGUUCAUCGAGUUUGAUACAUACAUCCAGAAGACAAAGAAAUCCUUCGUUGACAGCAGGGCCAGGAGGAACUUCGGCAGCAUCAACACAGAGCUGCAGGAUGUGCAGAGGAUCAUGGUGGCAAACAUCGAGGAGGUUCUGCAAAGAGGAGAAUCGCUCUCUGCUCUUGACACAAAAGCCAGCAAUCUGACCAGCCUGUCCAAGAAGUACCGCAGCGAUGCCAAAUAUCUCAAUACCCGCUCCACGUAUGCCAAAGUGGCUGCGGUGUCAGUGUUCUUCAUCACACUCAUCAUCUACGUGCGCUUCUGGUGGCUCUAAUGGACCGUCAAGCACUUUGAGGGUCCUUCACUGUGAAAGGCCACUUAGACAGAUCCGGCUACAUGUUGUUGUACCAAGGUGCCUUAAAGGGACCGCAUAGUUCUCUAUUGGAAGGUUGAAAUAAUUUCUAUGCUUUAUCCAGCAUCCGUAUAGAGUAUAAGCUGAGCCAUGGGGUGUGGAAUAGGACAUUACUCUGUGUAGGAGCAAAUUCUUUGUGGCAAGUUUGUUUACUGCAUUAUUUAAAGCAGGGUGUUCAUUAAUCAAACUGGAAUUAAGGGCUUGUGUCAGUUUCGGCAUUGAGAAGAAACCAUGUAUGAAUAUGCACAUGUUUUGUGGGAAGUUGUAAUACUGUGAUAAAAGAAUGUUUAUUGAACAAAGUUUACAUUAUAAGUCUUUCAAAGAAUUAAAUAUUUACCAACUUGUAUUUUA